AUCCAUAUGACAGACAGUCCCCCGCCAUUACCACCGCGAGACACGGAGGCUACACAGCAAAAAGGGGUGCUGACGCCGUUACCUCUGGCGGCGAGGGAGCUCGCGCCCAAGCGCCUGUCCCGACCAGACCUUUCGCUCGAUAAGCGCUUUGUCUCGCUUGAUGCAGGGCUCAGUUCGCCGCUGUCGCCGGCGUUAUCUCACUUUGCUCAGAACUUCUCGCGUCGCCUGUCGAUGCAUAGCUCCGUGACUGGCAAGACCCUGUCGUCGUUCAGCACCGGCUUCCAGCAGGAGUUGCGUGACGAAUUCAACUGGUUUCUUGUCAAGCGGCAGUACGAUGUGCUCGCGGCGCUCUACAGCAGUUCAUCCGAGACGUGUGCGAGCGUGAAGGCAGGUGACGCGGUGUUGCGCGUGCGAUUCGCAAAGCUCUGCGCGGUGGCCGAGCAACAGGGCGCGGACUGGAGCUGGUGGGAGACGCUCCUCGGAGACUACGCGCGGAAACCGGUGUUGCUCGAGAUGGAACAGAACCUUAACCAACUCCAGGGUUUUCCGUGCGAUGCACGCGGCGUGCUCUACCUCUCAAUCCUUCGUGCAAAGUCUGCGCUUCUUGAAGAUGCGUACGCGGAGAUGGUGGCGAGUGGCCGCGCGUGUGACAAGAAUGACGAGCUCAACAUCCUUUUGGAGAACUACUCGCGCGAGCUCGCAGACUCCAAGGAUGCCAAGGGACUCAAGACAUUGUUGCGCUGCUUCACCAUUUACACCGGCGACAUUCCCAGCGCUCAUGUGGUGAACGUGGCGCUCGUAUUGCACGGGGCCAGCACGACCUCGGCGCUGAGCCCCGAGUCGUUAGUUGAUCUCAGCGAGGCGGAGACGUUUUCCGUGUUGUUGAAGUUUGACGCCAUCUACAGCGACCUCAACAAGGACGAGUUCUACUACAAGAUGAGUCGCACAUUGGAGGAUACGCUUCCAGCGGUGUACCUCCAUCUCACAGCCCAGGGUGUUAUCUUGAGCUCGUUCUACAAGAAAAUUCUCAGCUUUGAGUUUUUCAAGGACAUGUUCACCGCGGACGUGAAUAAGGAGACGGCCGGGUCGACCACCGCGCAGUUCGUCUUGCAGAAUAUGGAUAUGGUGGUACUCCAGGGUGUAGACUACUUCACCAAGUUUAUUUUGCAUGUGUUUACUGCCCACCAGGAGCGGAUCUUGGCGUCAAAUCUUAACCAGCAGACGCAGUUCUUGCAUGUGGAGUUAUUAAACACCGAGAACUACAGCGUCGCGUCGUCUAGCAGCGAUUUCAGUGACGAAGAGCCCACGUUCUUUACCGCCACACUCUAUCUGACCCCAGACUUUAUCAAGUACGAGAACGAGUACAAUCUUUUGAAUAAUAACUCGUUGAACUUGAACAACACCGAGUUGAUCAACCUCAAAGAGACGAACGAGGAUUUGACGUCAAAGCUCCAGGAGCUCAACUCCAAAUUUGAGCACCUUAAUAAGAAUCACUUGGCGAUCGUCCAGGAGAACCAGGAGAUUCUCCAAGAGUUGGCCGCGCAGAGUGCCGAUACCACGCGGUUGAGCGCGCGCCGCGAUGCCUUGGCGGCGCAGGUGCAACAGUUGGGUAUGAACGAGGAGAUUCUCCAGACGCGAGAGCGGAACGAGAAGUUUGGAGCGGUGAACGACGAGUUGAAACAGCAGAUAGAGGAGACCAAGAGAGAUUUGGAGGCGAAGCGGUUGGCCGUGGAGGAGCUCCGGGCCGCAGAAACCGUUGCUUAACGGGGGGGAGAGCAAUAAGAGUGAAGGCGGAGCCUGAGCGAAGCACAAGCUUGAACAAAGGAAAUUAAAAUGUCCAAAUUGUCUAAUGCCUGAAUAUUAAUAUAGAUAUCAAAUUCGUAGAUA